AUGUUUUUUAUGAACGCUGUCGCUUAUCUACUUCUUGGCUUACCGUGCUGGAAAAUAACUUCUGCGGGACAUAACACAUGCCGUACAAAAAGAGCAAUUUCAGAGUAUGCGCUAAAAGGUCACGUGAUAUCUGCGCUCGAGGGAAGAACGUGGGAAUCCUGCGUGACCUCGUGUGAACACUUUCAAAAUUGUUUCAGCAUCAACUACUACUCGACACUGAAGGGAUGCGAGUUAAACAACAAAUCAGCUGAAUGGUAUAAGAACGAUUUAGUUCCAACGCCGGGUGCGCUUUAUCUUACUAUGGUAUCACGCAACUACAAUCCAUGUGUGGACCGGAAUCCGCCAUGUUUUGGGACGUGCGUGCCUAUCCCAGGAUCCUUGGCGACUCGGUGCAACUGCCAGGGCAACGUGACGUGCCAUAAUGAAUGUAAGUGUGAUGCUGAUCAUGCUGCUAACUUCAUUUACCUCUCAGCGCAAGCUUCUGUCAGAACCGCCCAAGGGUUAGAACACAGGGUUGAAAUUUUUAUUAGAAGCCAGUUGUCCGGGGUUAAAUUUUGAUCCGGGUCAGUUCGUCUUCUUUUGCUCAAAGGCAAUUUCUCGGAUAAGUUUCUCUUUUCUUUUUGGAGAGACGGUCAUCAAAUUAUAGCCAAAAAAUUAAACUGAAUGUGCCUUUUAAGCUUUCAUAUCUGAAUUCAAAUUUGGUACUAACCCUGGGUUAUCUUAACCUGGCUUUGAACAACUCGGCCCGGCUGUACUUCCUACAGCCCCAUUUGUGUGUUAGAUUAAGGCUGAUCACUUAUUCUUUUGCUUAAUUACUAAGGAUCUUUCAAAAGCAAACGCGUUUUUGAGCGACGCGCGUCAACUGGAAGUAACCGGCCUUUUCCCUUUCAAUUUACUACUAUUAAUAGAGACGAUUUUCCUGAGAAUAUGGGCUAAAACACUGCCAAAGAUAGAUACAAGUCCACGUACGGUUGACAUGCGUCGCUCAAAAACAUCUCAUGCUUUUAAGCAGUCUCUAAUACUGAGUGCAUUCUUUUGUGCCAGAACUGUGAAUUCAUUCGACUUUGGCUCAAGAGAGGUUUGGUUGUCAGACCACUUUGCUUGUUUACAAGUUUACCGAAUGAAACACAAGUGUCUCUUAGUGUGAUUUAAUACCACUCUCAAGUUAUUAACAAAUAGGGCUUAUAUGAAUCUGAGUCUGGUUUAAAUGUUUUUUCUUUUGUUAUAGUUUUUGUUUUGUUUUGUUUGCUGAUAUUUUAAAGCAGCCUGUUCUAAGCCACUUGGAAUGCAAAACGGUUCAGUAAGAGACGAUAUGCUCAGCGCAUCAUCAAUUCAUUCAAAAAGUAACAAAGCCUGGGGACGACUCCAUCACUCGGGUGGAAGUUGGACGCCGAACACGGAUGACAAAAAUCAGUGGUUUCAAGUGAACUUUGGGCCUGAGGUGAAACGUAUCACGCAUAUCGCCACACAAGGAUACGGAGAAUCGCAGUGGUGGUGGGUUAAGAAAUAUUUUGUCCAAUUUAAUAGGCGAGGAGCUUCAUCUCUUGAGACAUACAAGGAAAACAAUCAAAGAGUGGUAGGUUAACGUUAUGACUAGCAUCAAUUUUCUCUUUACAAUCAGUGAUCGAACAUCAUCAAGAAAAAAGAUUUUGAGAAUUAUUAAAAUGAUCACCAAUGGGCAAAUGUUUUAUCUUAUAUCAAAUUCUUUUAACUACGCUUCUGUUCAGAUGGAUAUAAUUAAAAAUUUGCAAUAAAGACAAUCCGUUGCGAAAUUGAGAUCAGCAAACCAUGUUUUAAGAGUUGAAACCGGUAGACUGACUGUGUCUAAAAAAAUUUUUUUCCGACAUUGGGGCUUAAAGGCUUAACAUAAGACUUUAAGUUCUUUUCUUUGUUUUAGGAUUUUACCGGCAACGUAGACAGAGAAGCUGUUGUAACGAACCAGUUUGAAAAUCCUUUCGAGACAAUUGCUGUGCGCAUAAUGCCAACUAAGUGGGAAGGAAGGAUUGCCUUAAGAAUUGAACUCUAUGGAUGUGGCAUUUAA